AUGGCGACAACAGAAACUACAUUCAGGAAAUUCAAAGAGAUUACAAAAAAGAGGGGAAUGAAGGCAGGAGAUCUAUUGGGUGCCAGACUCACAGAAGGAGAAGAGGCAAAUGGCUGUGGAGAGAGAAAGAGAGAGAGGCAGACAUUGCUGCAGGAAGAAUACAAGCACAUUAGUUCACAGCAGACAGCGUUUCACAGGCCCCGCUCCUCUACACUACAUCACGCAGGCCUGCGGGCGAAACAACGUGUAGUGGAGGUUCCAAACCCCCUGAAGAUGUAUGGCCUGUAUUUGGAAGCGGUGAAUGACUACAUUAAUGAAUCAUAUGGAGAGGACGUAUGGAGGCUAAUCGAGGCCAGAGCGGAGAUCCCGCACCUCAAAUUUGUUCGACACCAGAUGUACAAUGAUAAUCUGAUUUUAAGAUUGGCAAAGGCAGCUGGAGAGGUUUUGGGGAAAACUCACGAUGAGCUGAUGUAUGCUUUCGGGGUCUACAUGGUCAAGCGGAUAGGAAACUAUGGCUAUGAGAGGAUCUUAAAGGUACUGGGGCGCAAUGUACGAGAUUUCAUCAAUGAGCUAGAUAACCUGCAUGAGUACUUCCGUUUCUCCUUCCCAAAAGUCCAGCCGCCCAGUUUCUGUGUAGAGGAAGAAUGUGAGACGAGUCUUACCCUGCACUACCGUUCAACCAGGAAAGGAUUCACACAGUUCGUCAAAGGGCAGCUCUCUCAGGUGGGCCGACAGUUUUACAACACAGACAUUGAGGUGGAGAUUCUGUCUAAAGAGGAAACAGAGAAAAUGACAUAUGUGGUGUACAAGAUGAAUUUUGACAAUGCUGCGUUUAAGCACCGUAUGCCCCAGCAGAAAACAGCUCCAGGCUAUGAGAAACUGCCCAUGAAGCGAGGAAUCUUUUUUGACAUGUUCCCCUUCAGCGUGAUAUUCCGUAGGGACAUGACCAUGUAUCGGAUUGGAGACGGUUUGAAAGAGGUGUUUUCUGAUCUGCAGGGCAAAAAGGUCAAUGAGGAGUUUACCCUGGUGCGACCCAUGCUGGAAUUCAGCUGGGAUAAUAUCUACACCCACCUCAACAAUGUGUUUGAACUGCUGUCUAAGGCUGUGGUAGAGAGCAAACAGAAGGUCAACAUCCCUAAACUCAGCAAAGAAGAACCAGAGGAGAAAGAGGAAAGUGAAAAACCCAAGAAGGAAGAGAGAGAUAUUAAAGUGAUGGAGGAAAUGAAGGGGACGGAUCAGGAAUACAGCAGCGCUCUGACUCCGUACAAAAGCUCGGCUAAUUCUGGAGGAGAGGACAUCGAGCUGCUGGCUUUUCAGACUGUCACCGGCAAGUGCAGUGAAACCAUAUUUGAAGACAUGCGGGAGCCCCCUAAAAAGCCUCUCCACCUCAAGGGCCAGAUGAAGUAUGUCCCUCAAUGGGACUCCCUCAUCUUUCUAGGAACUCCCAUUAUUGAGACAGUGGAGGACAUGAUAAAAAUGGGUGUUUACGUCAAUGAUUUAAACUUGCACGACUCCAGCAGAGAGCUCAUCCUGGCAGGAACACAGCAAUCAGCCGAGCUGCAACUGGCACUUGACCAGGAGCAGCAGAAGUAUGCACAGCUGCAGGAGAUCAUUAAAAAGCUGGAUGAAGAGAAGAAGAGAGGAGACUCCCUGCUGUACGCCAUGAUCCCCAAAGCAGUGGCAGACCGACUGCGCAAGGGAAUCACAGCACUGGAGACAUGUCAGGUGUUCCCAGACGUGACCAUCCUGUUCAGCGAUGUGGUGAAGUUUAAUGAGAUCUGUAUCCACAUCACCCCCAUGCAGGUGGUGGACAUGCUAAAUGAGAUCUACAUCGUUUUUGACACACUCAGCGAAAAGCACAAUGUUUAUAAGGUGGAGACCAUUAGGGAUGCCUACAUGGUUGUGGCAGGUGUGCCCAAUAAGACCACAUUCCAUGCCCACCACAUCUGUGACAUGGCUCUAGACAUGCUGAGCUCCAUCGAUCACCUAAAAGACCCCUCCACCGGGGACAACAUCCAGAUCCGUGUCGGCAUUCACUCUGGAAUGGUGGUCGCAGGUGUGGUGGGUCUGAAGAUGCCCAGGUAUUGUCUGUUUGGAGACACAGUAAACACGGCUUCUCGGAUGGAGUCUAAUGGCGUGGGCAUGCAAAUCCACAUCAGUCAGACCACCAAAGACCAUCUGGAGCAUGAACCAUACAUCAUCGAGGAACGAGGAAAGAUUUUUGUUAAGGGUAAAGGUUAUAUGAAGACGUACUGGCUGAAGGGAAAGAAAGAUCUCUCAUUUAAGACUCCAGCAGAGCUCAGAUACAGCAAUGAGCAGAAAGACUCAGAAGACAGAAGCUCAAAUGGUUCCGCUUGCACCAACAGCAAACAUUCCCCGUCAAACAUGAACACCCCCACUGAGGAGCAGGCUGAGGGCAAACCCACUCCCCCUGACCUGCCCCCUGACACCCUGCCAGCACUAGAGGGCGCUCCAGACCCAAACACAUUCACCAAUGAGUCCCAGGACAAAGAAAAGGUUAAAAAGACAAAGAAUAACAAAGGAAGGAAGGCAGAGAACACUUCUGGUAAUGCGCAGGAAAGCACUCCCCCUGCUGGCAGCCAGGAGAAUGCAGCUCCUGAGCUAAACGACAAAAAACACAGUUUCAGAAGCCAGUACUCAGGAUUGCCAGCUAACCUCCCCAUGCGAAGCACAGCCUGCAAUCUGCUGUGAAUAAC